AUGUAUGGACCUCAUAGGAGACAAUGCGUUAAAAACAGGUUAGAAGUAGAACCGUUACUGUUUCCUGCACCCAAAAAUGAUGAUAUAGAGGACAGUUCUAAGCUCAGACGGGACAUUCCAGUAGCACACAGUAUCUAUGGUAUAGCACAAACUAUCAACUCGGCCAACUAUAUGUACUUCCUUGGCCGGAAGGAAGUAAUGCAGUUUGAUCAUCCUGAUGCAAUGAAAAUAUUUACAGAGCAGCUAGUCUUAUUGCACCAAGGACAGGGUAUGGACAUCUAUUGGAGAGACUCCUAUACAUGCCCCACAGAGGAAGAAUACAAAGAGAUGGUCAUAAAGAAAACUGGAGGUCUGUUCGGUUUAGCUGUCAGGCUCAUGCAACUUUUCAGCACAAACAAAAGUGACUUCAAACCCCUGAGUGACAUCUUGGGCCUGUACUUCCAGAUCCGAGAUGACUAUGCCAACCUCUGCUCCAGGCAGUACACUGAGAACAAGAGUUACUGUGAGGACCUCACCGAGGGCAAGUUCUCCUUCCCUUUGAUCCAUGGGAUCCGCAGUCGACCCGAGAACACACAGGUUAUGAGUAUCCUAAGACAGAGGACGGAAGACAUGGAUGUCAAGAAAUACUGUGUAGACCUGCUAGAAAAGUUUGGUUCAUUUGAAUAUACAAGGACAGUGCUCUUUGAUCUAGAAAAGCAGGCUUAUCAACAUAUAACAAACCUAGGAGGAAACCCCAUCUUAGAAUCCAUCUUGGAAGAACUUGGAAAACUCAUACGGCAUAGGGAUCAAUGACGUUUGUCCACCUGUAACAUCUGAACUUCCAUCUAUGACCGUCGUGUGUUAUUACAGGUGAAUCUACCAAUGUCAAAUCUCUUUGGAACACUGAAAUCUGUUUGACUUAGGUACAUUUACAUACUAAUUUAAAUAAUACAUGAUUUGCAUAUUCUGGUGUGAAAAGAAUACUUUUACUGAGGCGAUUCUUCGACUUAUGGAAGGUCUACUUAAAGCAGUUCUACUGUAUUUGUAUUGUUAUUUGAUGCCACCAGUGAUUGGUGGUGAUUUUUUUUUACCUUAUGGCUAAGAAAGCAUGAAUGCUUGUAAGCAAGAAACCAGAGGAACGACAGCUUAAGGUCCUCUCUGAGGAACCUGGCAAUGAGGACUAAUGCCUUACCAAAGGGCACUAGCGCACCAAGUAGGAGUCAAACCUGGGUCACCGGAAUCUGAAACCCCUGCUCUACCGACUGAGCUAUCUUUGCCAGUGCAACAGGCAAGAAGUGAACCACCCUUUGCCUCAGGUAUACCUGACCUAGUUGUGAAGAUAGACAAUCUCACCUUAGCUUUCCCUUACUAUACUAUACGACUUGAAAUGUGUGAUUGGUUGUAGUGUAAGGUGGACAUUCAUCUACUGAGGAUCAAUAUUUGACAUCCUAUCUGAGGAACAGAUUCACUGGGCAUCACAUGUAGCUGUCCUAGAGGAAAAAGGCAAAUUGAUACACUGCACAGGCUUCAGUCAUCUGCCUGGGUUUUACGUUGGUGUCUUGAAAGGCUUUUGUAUGUUUUCUUGCACAGCAUUGUUUCAGGAUAUGUCUAUAGUACAAGUUUGGAGAUUCUUAGGACCAAUGCUAGGAUCAGUGUAACAAUAUAAAAAAUGCUUCCUUGGAUCAGGGUCAGUAAAGUUAAUUUGUAUGUGAAGGCAGAGGGGGGGGGGGUGGAGAAGUUACUGUUAGAGUAAUUCAUAUCUCCCAUUGAGAUGUGUGCAUCAUUUUUUUAAAGGAUUUUUUGGCUAAUGUGUUUUUAUUCAUUGGAAAUUGUAAAAUUGUUUUUACAAUAUUUUUGCUGAUCCACUUAGCAUGUACUGAGUUACUGCAAAUAUCGUGCUAUACAGAUUUGCUCUUUGUGUGCUGCAGUUCUAUAAAUUAUCUUUAGAUUUGCAAAGCUUAAGUAAAUCAAAAUCAUGCUGCAAAUAAUUUGAUCACAAUUCAUGUAGUGCAGAAAUUCUGCCAUUUACAAUUGUUUUUCACCAAAGUGAUAACUCAAGAGUGGUCAAAAAGCUAAAUGUAACACCAUUUUUAUGUUGUCCUGUUCUAUUUAGAAAAUUAUGUUUCCCUGUUUAUAGAUGGCCUAUGUGUUUAUGACUGCUCGAAGAUGAAUGUGAACCGAAGACUCAGAUUAAGAUUUUUGAUCUGUAGAUUUUUCUCUUGCCACACG